AUGGGUGUGGAUUUGAGACAAGUUGUUGCUGGGGUACUGACACUAACUAUGUUCGUGAUGCUUGGUAAUAUGAUCAAGAGAGACCAUUUUGAUUCUGUUGAGGGAAAAUUUCCAGGAGCUAGGGACGUUGAGUUUGAUAGUGAGAAGGUUUCAGAGCAUGGUCUUGUGGCAUUUUCCAAAAAGAGUACAAAUGGGCCAUGGAUGGAGGGUAGCCAAGAGCUAAAACCCUGUUGGAAAGAGCCAAAUUUUGGUGAGGUAGAGUCAAAAGGGUUUGUCACUUUCUCAUUAACUAAUGGUCCCGAGUACCAUGUCUCGCAGAUUGCUGAUGCAGUGGUUGUAGCAAGAUAUAUUGGAGCAACUCUUGUACUUCCUGACAUUAGGGGAAACAAACGAGGAGAUGAAAGGAAGUUUGAAGAAAUAUAUGAUGUUGAGAAAUUUGUGAAAAGCCUGGAUGGGGUGAUCAAAGUAGUUAAAGGUCUGCCCGAUGAUGUAUCAAUUCGAGAUUUUGCUGUUGUCAAGGUCCCUAAUCGAGUUUCAGAAGAUCACAUUGCUGAGCAAAUCGAACCAGUCUUUAGAACAAACAGUAAAAUAAGACUGGCUACGUUUUUCCCUUCAGUAAAUAUGAGAAAGUCCACAAAAACUAGCGCCAGCGAUUCAGUUGCAUGUUUGGCAAUGUUUGGAACUUUAGAGUUGCAGCCAGAGGUUAAUGAAGUGGUUGACUCCAUGAUUGAGCGGCUAAAAACUUUGAGUCGCAAGUCUGAUGGACGAUUUAUUGCAGUGGACUUGAGAGUUGAGAUUUUGGAAAAGAAAGGUUGCCAUGGAAGCGGUGCAACUGGAACAAAGAGUUGUUUUAGUGCACGGGAGAUUGCAAUAUUUUUGAGAAAGAUUGGAUUCGGCAAGGAUACCACAAUCUACCUCACACAGCCAAGAUGGGAUGAAAGCCUUGAUGUUCUGAAGGAUAUAUUCCCUAAAACUUAUACAAAGGAAAGCAUAAUGCCUGCAGAUAAAAAGGCAAAAUUCCUCAAAUCGGAAGACUCAGAGUUUGAGAAAGUUAUUGACUUCUACAUGUGUUCUCAGAGCGAUGUCUUUGUACCAGCCAUCUCUGGCCUAUUCUAUGCCAAUGUAGCUGGUAAGAGAAUAGCAUCUGCUUGCAAAUUUUUGAGAAGAAGAUGUCGUCAAGAUUGUGUUUUGGCUCCAUAUUUUCCUCCAACCAAUCCCCAAAGAUUUGCUAAUGUUCAUAGAGUCUUCGGUGCCAGCAAAAUUACCGAAUUGCUAAAGCAACUUCCAGGGCAUUUACGUUAUGAUGCAGCAGAAUGCAUGUCAAUUGAGGCAGCAUCACGUGUAAGAGACCCAGUUUAUGGAUGUGUUGGGGUGAUAUCUCAGUUGCAGCAACAAAUAAUUGAUGUUCAAUCUGAAUUAGUGAAGAUAAAGGGUGAAUUAGCAGUUCACAAUGCUCAGCAACAAUUACAGCAAGAAAUUGGAGAGAAAACAAGCGAGCAGCAACAAGAUGAACUUCUAUGGCUCAAUUCAAGUCAACAAGACCUUUUGAAUUUGGAUCAACUGGUAAUACAAGGAAAUGAUCACCAAAAAUCCCACUUCUAA